GUGACGUCAUGACGCUCUGCUUCCGUUGCGCCGCCAUUUUGUGAAUGGACGCCGUUGCCAUCGACAUUCUGAAAGCAGACCGAAACAACCGCGACCCCGAGCCUAAUUCCGCACGGUUUCGGUCCAGUCCGGUCGAGUUUUAGCCUACGACGCUUCCCUCAGGAUAGACGACGCGAGCAGCCCGUGUUUUCGCCGAGAGUUGAUCCGAGAUGUCGGAGGAGCAGAGUGUGGGCGAGGAGGCGCUGAUGAAGAUGGAGCAGACCGACGGAGAGGAGGAGAUCCCGGGCGCCGAGGACGGCGGACACCGAGAGGCGGAGGGCUCCAAGAUAGACGCCAGUAAAAACGAGGAGGACGAGGGGAAAAUGUUCGUCGGAGGCUUGAGCUGGGACACAACAAAGAAAGACCUGAAAGAUUACUUCAGUAAAUUUGGAGAGGUGGUGGACUGCACCUUGAAACUGGAUCCUCUGACGGGCCGGUCCAGGGGCUUUGGGUUUGUUCUGUUUAAAGAUGCUGAGAGUGUGGAAAAGGUGAUCUCACAGAAGGAGCACAAACUGAAUGGAAAAGCCAUCGACCCUAAGAAAGCGAAGGCCAUGAAGUCCAAAGAGCCGGUGAAGAAGAUAUUUGUAGGAGGUCUUUCCCCAGAUACUCCAGAGGAGAAGAUCAGAGAGUACUUUGACGCCUGCGGAGAGGUGGAAUCCAUUGAGCUGCCGAUGGAGAAUAAAACAAAUAAAAGACGAGGUUUUUGUUUUAUAACAUUUAAAGAGGAGGAACCAGUAAAGAAAAUUAUGGAGAAGAAGUACCACAACAUCGGUUUAAGCAAGUGCGAGGUCAAGGUGGCCAUGUCCAAGGAGCAGUACCAGCAGCAGCAGCAGCAGUGGGGCGCAAGAGGAGGAUACGUCAGCAGAGCCAGAGGGAGAGGAGGUCCCAAUCAGAACUGGAACCAGGGAUACGGAAAUUACUGGAAUCAAGGUUAUGGAAAUUACGGGAACUAUGGCUACAACAAUCAAGGCUAUGGUGGAUACGGGGGCUAUGAUUACUCGGGUUACAACAACUACUACGGAUAUGGUGACUACAGCAAUCAGCAGAGCGGCUACGGCAAAUCCCCGAGGCGAGGCGGCCAUCAAAACAGUUACAAGCCGUAUUAACGGGAAACGUGCAGAUGGAAGGGCGAAUCGAAAGCCAACCCUGAGAGGAGAAAACAAGAGGGCCAGACUUGUUAAAAAUGGAGUUGAUCUACACUUUGGUCGCCAGUGAAUUCACCAGUUCUUUUGAACCAGAAAUUACUUUGAAGGACACGCACUAAAGAAGAUUUCAAAUGGGAACGUCCAGAAUAUUUGGUUUUGUGUUUCAUUUGUUGUAGCUUGUGUACGUUUAUAACCGUAUUCCCUGCUGUGUUGCUCUCAUACGUUCAUGUGUCGAGUACAAUGAGCCAUGGAGAGCCCAAAUCAUUUAGAAAUUGUUAUUCUGGUCUAUUAAUUUAUUGCUUGCAAGUGCGUACAGAGUGUAGGCCAUUUAAUAUUCAUUUCAUAUUGCAGUAUUUUGCAACAGCGUCAUGUAAACCAUUUGAAAAUUCAACAAAAUAAAGUGUAUGAAACUCAGGCCUGUUGUUUCUUCAGAGAUUAAAGUCAUAGCUCAC